UAUCUGACAGUUUCUGGUUGAUAGUAAAGAGCUAAGCGAUAUAGCACCAGCACUUUUUUUUACACAAUUUACCCAAAUCUACCAUUAUUUCAACUAAUGUUACAAUAUCAUAUAUGAAUAUUUGAUAAUAUCAUAUGCCAUUCUUUAUGUCAAAUUGUCAUGUUUAAAGGAGCUAAAUCUCUAUUCUUUAAUCUUCGGCACCUAAAAAUGGACACAAAUGGGUCACAAUGCAUAUAUAAAUAAAGUAAUAUGAAUGUACCGGUAUAUAAUUUAUAAAUAAACUGAUUUAGUGAUUUACAUUCAGUCAUUUCUGUUUUUACUGUAAAUUUUCAUCAGUUAUGUUCUGUGAAAUAUGCGAGUCCAAAUUGAAUGGCAGUCUUUGACGCUGGUAGUAUUUCCGGUGAGGUAUGUUUAGCCUCGUUCAUCAAGUCGCUUCAUUACAAGUAGCGCUCGAAAGCAUUCUAGCACUCGAAUCGUGUGCCAAUUUUAAAAUUUUCAUUUUGUCUUAAAUGUUAGAUCAGAAGCCCAUCUUUUCACUGUAAGAUAACAACAUCAAUGUUGAUUUACACUGACCAAUAAGUCAUGUUGUUUGCAUUGUCGAGGACUGAGGAUGAUAUUGAAUUAGAAACUUUUCUCCUUUGAUUUAAAAUUUUGUGUGAAAAUGCCCCUCCAUAUGCGAUUUCCAGGAAGUUUGGAUAUCGUAACCAAGGGUCAUUACAUAUGUAACACAAAUCUGGAUUAAGACUAGUAAUUAUUUCGCCUUAUUUCAUGAUGGAUGAAUGUAGUGCGAGUUAUUAAUAGACAAUUUUUCCCUUAAUUUUUUUCUCCCCUCUUCCUGCAUUUUUUAGUUGCCUUUUUGGUCUAGAACUGGAGAAAAGGGAUAAGAUUUGCAACCCCCUACAAAAUUAUGAUGAGGGGAUUGCCAAAUGUGGUCCUCUAUGUGCCUAUAAAGAUUGGAAAAAACGUAAUGUUGAGCAAAAAGCUACAGUCUGUGAUGUUAUAGCCAUUUAACAUUUAACUCAAUGGGCGAAUAAUUGCUAGUCUGAGUCCAUCUACAUAUAGGCCACUAUCAUUUCAACAUCACAUUUGGACACAAAAAUGCUACGAUGUUUAAAAAGAAAAUCGCAAUUUGACAUAAAAAAAGGUAAAUUAUCAAUAAUUGAUAUAAAUUAUUGUGAUAUGAGUUGAAAAAAUGGUGGAUUUGAGUAAAUCUUGCUACCUUAUUUACAGUACCUCUACUAGUUCCUGUGAUCGCAGAAACUUGAAAUUAUCAGGGAAUGUUAAGGCCGACUAGAGAUGACCUCACACCAAAUUUUAGCUGAUCGAGACCACUCAUCAUGUAAUGAUUGAUUAUAGACUAAUUGUCAUAAUUUUUAUUACUAUUAAAAUGCCAUUCUAAUUCUUUUUUUUAAGGUUGAAUUGAAUCUUGGACAAUGGACGUGGUACAUUUACAAAUCUAGGAGAGAAAUAUUUUGAAUUAUAGUAUAAUUAUAGGACAGGUCACAAGCCUUCCAUGUACACAAAAUGGUUAACAAAGUGUGUAUUCUACCAUUUCUGUUAGCUUUUUUUCUUCCAGUUACAUUUCUCAUUACGUAUGCUGUGGCAGUUAAAUAUGGACAUGUUUAUGCUGCAUUUCCUUAUAUAAGUGAUACAGGUUCAUUCCCACCAGAGAGUUGUAUAUUUGGUCAGUUUGUAAAUAUUUAUGCAGUUAUUGGUGCACUUUUUAUGUUUGUAAGAUAUUCACAAAUACGAGAACAUUAUCGCCCUGUAGAAGAACUAGGGGGAGCAACUCCAUCUCGUAAAAGAAAAUUGCUAGCCAAUAAAGUGGCGUUAGUGAUUGGCUUACUGGGUGAUUUAGGUGCGAGUAUGGUCGGUAACUUUCAGGAGGAUGCGGUGAUAGAAGCACAUGUUGUUGGUGCUUUUAUGGCUUUUGGUUUGGGUGGAAUUUACGCUUGGAUGCAAUCAGUUCUAUCAUAUGGUAUUUCUUCUUUAAACGGAACAACUAAGUGUUGUCGCCAUAUCCGUAUUGUACUGUGUACAGCAUAUACAAUUCUCUUUAUUCUAAUGAUAACAUUCACCACUAUAUCCAUGCGUUUAUUUCAUAAAAACCCUAAAAAAUGGAAACCUGAUGAUCCGGGUUAUGAUGAACAUUUAGUUGCUACUAUAACAGAAUGGUUGAUGGUUGUAGCGUUGUCUCUAUUUUUCGCUACAUUUUACAAAGAAUUUAAACAGAUUGGAGUAAAAGCAAAAGUAAUUCAGAAAAACCAAGUUGGUAUGAAUGAAUCUGUGUAAUUUUAACAUAUUGAAGGUUGCUAAAAAUAUAUUUUUAUAAUUCUACUAAGAUGGAUUAGCUAUCGGGCUAACAUACUGUUUAUUCUAUUUUUGA